AUGAAGACCAGCAUCCUGCUUAUGUUCUUGUGGGGAUUGUCCUGUGCUCUCCCAGUAACCAGGUAUCAAAAUACUGAAUCUAAGAGUUCUGAAGAAUGGAAGGGUCAUUUGGCUCAGGCACCAACACCACCUUUGGAGAGAAGUGAGUCAUCAGAAGAAAGUAAAGUUAGCUCAAAGGAACAGGUAAAUGAAGACCCCAGUGACAGCACUGAAUCAGAGGAAGGCCUGGGCCUUGAUGGUCAGCAAUACAUUCAUAGACCAGCUGGUGGCCUUUCUAGGAGUGGAGGAAAAGGAGGAGAUGAUAAAGAUGAUGAUGAAGACGAGAGUGGAGAUGACACCUUGGCUGAUGAUGACAGUGGCCCAGGACCUGAAGAGAGGCGAGGAGGGGACUCCAGACCCGGAAGUGAUGAGGACUCCACUGACACCACACACUCCACAGAGGAUAGUGUCCCACAGGGGGAAGACGGUGCUCAAGAUACCACCAGUGAGAGCAGGGACUUUGCCAGUGAGGACGAGGGGCACAGCAGGCCUGAGGGAGGUGACUCCACUCCAGACAGCAAGAGUGAAGAGCACUGGGUGGGAGGCGACGGUGAGGGAGUUAGUAGCCACGGGGACGGCUCUGAGUUUGACGAUGAAGGAAUGCAGAGUGAUGACCCCGACACCUUCAGGAGUGAGAGAAGCAAUUCCAGAAUAAGCAGUGCCAGCAUCAAGUCCAAAGAUUCGAAAGGGAUCAAUGAGCAAGCAAGCACUCAGGAUUCUGGUGAAAGCCCAUCAGUGGGGUAUCCCAGUAGGAAAUUUUUCAGAAUGUCUCGCAUCUCUCAGGAAGAUGGCAGAAGUGAGCUUGAUGAUAGCAACACAAUGGAAGAAAGCAAGAGUGACUCCACGGAAUACCCCGGCUCCAAAGAAGAUGGCCUCAGCCAAUCCAGGGAACACAGCAAGAGUGAAUCUCAACAAGAGAGCGAGGAGAAUCAGUCCCCAGAAGACAGUCAGAACGCCCAAGACCCCAGCAGUGAGUCCAGUCAAGAGGUUGACCUGCCUUCUCAAGAAAACAGCAGUGAAUCUCAGGAAGAGGUAGUGGGUGAGCCCAGGGGUGACAACCCCGAUAACGUUACCAGUCACUCAAAAGAUCAGGAAGCUAGUGACUCCAGUGAAGAGGACAGCUGGGAUAAACCCUCCAAUUCAGAGAGCAGAUCCAGAGAGGGGCAAACUGACAGUGAAUCCAGUGAGAGCCUCAGAUCCUCAGAGGAAAGCCCGGAGUCCACUGAAGAGGAGAACAGUUCCAGCCAGGAGGGCCCCUGGUCUCCCAGCACCUCAACAGAGAGCCAGAGCCAGGAAAGCCAGGACAGCCCAUCUGAGGAAGAGCAGGACAGCGAUUCUCAGGACAGCAGCAAAUCAAAAGAAGAGAGCAACUCAACUGACAGCACAUCAAGCAGCGAGGAAGAUAUCCAGUCCAAAAACACUGAGAUAGAAAGCAGAAGAUUAACAGUCGAUACUUAUCACAACAAACCCUUCGGGGACCAGGAUGACAAUGACUGCCAAGACGGCUAUUAG